AGCCUGGAGGACGGCAUCUCCCCUGCCGUCCCGCCACGCACGCAGGCCGCGACGUCGUUCCCAUGACGACCCAAGGCUUGCGUUUUGCUGUGACUUGGACCUUGUAGUUGUACUGGGCCCGCUACCCGGUGAUCGGAGCCGUGAUGCCCAGCGACACACUAUGGGACAUCGCCAAGGCCGAGGUGGCUGCGCGGGCUGGCCCAGGGGACAGCAGUGGAGACGGUGGGGAGAAGUCAGUGCUCUUCAUUGGCAGCAAGAGUGGGGGAAAGACAACAAUUAUUCUGCGCUGCCUUGACAGGGAUGAGCCGCCCAAGCCCACGUUGGCCUUGGAGUACACCUAUGGGAGGAGGGCAAAAGGCCAUAACCACCCCAAAGACAUCGCUCACUUCUGGGAGCUUGGAGGCGGGACUUCCUUACUGGACUUGAUCAGCAUCCCAAUCACCUGUGACUCCCUGAGGACAUUUUCUGUAGUUCUUGUUUUGGAUCUCUCAAAGCCUAACGAGCUCUGGUCCACCAUGGAGAGUCUGCUGCGAGCCACCAAGAGCCACAUGGACAAGGUGAUGCUGCGGCUGGCAAAGACAAACACCAAGGCAGCCACAGAGAUGCGGCGCACAGUGUGGAGCGGCCUGCAGAAGGACCACCCCGACCGAGAGCUGAUUGACCCAUUUCCGAUCCCUCUGGUCAUUAUCGGAAGCAAGUACGACAUCUUUCAGGACUUUGACUCUGAGAAGCGGAAGGCCAUCUGCAAGAUACUGCGCUUUGUGGCCCAUUACCACGGCGCAUCCCUGAUGUUUACCAGCAAGUCUGAAGCUCUGCUGCUGAAAAUACGGAGUGUGAUUAACCAACUGGCAUUUGGCAUUGACAGAAGCAAGUCUAUCUGCGUGGACCAGAACAAACCCCUGUAUAUCACGGCUGGACUGGACUCGCUGAGUCAAAUAGGGGCCCCCCCGAUUCCUGACGUGGACCUUGGGCAGCUUCAUGCCCACUCACCUUUGGACUUGUGGAAGAAGGUGUGCGAUAAACUCUUCCCACCCAAGAACACCAGCAUCCUGAAGGACGCCAGGGACCCAGCCAGAGACCCACAGUAUGCAGAGAAUGACGUUGACGAGAUGAGGCUGCAGAAGGACCAGGCUGUGCCGCCUCCCCAGCCCUGGAUUUCAUUGAAUUUGACAUCAGGGUCAACUAUGGCAACAAUGUCAGAGACACAUGUCCAUUGGGUCGCCACCAUCAUCCAUGACACUCACAGGGGUGCUGUGUGUCCAUGGUGCACAAGAGAAAUGCUGCCAUCCUGUGUCCCUUCGUGUGACCACUGCAUGGAGCAGCAGGUGACCAGAGGCUGUAACCAGCGGCUGUGACCCUCCCCAGCCUCCAGCCCCGUCACCAGUGCUGGACAGGUAUCAGAGUGAAGCUGAGAGUAAAGCAAGGGUGCAAGUGUGGCUUGGGCUGGCUGAUCAGGUCUCUUGCAUCCUGAGAGGCAACCCUUCCUUGAGCUACAGCUGCCUUUCUGCUGCUGCUCUCCUGGUCCCUGAGGCCCCUCGGGUCCCCUGUGUCAUGGAGACACAGAAAGGCCUUGCUUGGGUCACUGGAUCUAAACUGUAGUGCCCACACGAGUCUGCUCUUGAGGAAACAUGAGGACAAGAGAGCAGAGCUGAGCCUUCACCUCCACUCUGGGUUUUUCUUGUCAAAGCUAAAUAAAAGAAAAAAGCUGGGUAGACACGUAUUUUUAAG